AUAAAAAGUCCACUCGCUUGUAUGACUGGUCAGUUAAUUCACAGACACCGAUCAGACGGCUGAGGAAAUCUCUAGCACCAAUCUACAAAAUUACAUAUAUCUUUUUAAAAUUCGAUUCGAACGAUUUCAAGCGAAGAUUCAGUAUGGCUCAACCGAUGAUGCAACGAAAGCGAUCUUCUAUUAAUUUGAAUGAGAAAGUUACGGUGAAACCGGUAGUCAAGCGACAGCGUUCUGAGCGAACGCUGGUAGCAGAAAAGAUCGAAAAAUGCCUUCUUCUUGGGAAUGCAUCACCAAGAGUGAUGACAGAAGUGCCGUCAUUAUCACCCAAGCAAGAGUUGUCGCACGACAAAUAUUUAGACGACUCUUUCUUUCUCGACAACGCCCUUUUUGACAAGAAAGACUCACAGACCAAGGAACAGAAGUGCGACAUCGAACGCGAACGUUCCUCUGAACCCGAGGUCGACGACUUCGGCCUGAGCGAGGAAGCAGAGAACGAAGUCGUGUCGUUCGACCAGGCAACGGUGGGCGAUGCCACGAAGAAGAUCUGUCAAGAAUCCCAGAAGAACGUGGAGAAUGAGGGCGAGGAUGAGCCCGACGGCCACCACGGUCAAGGAGGGCUGAAGGGAUUCCUUGACAGAGUCGCUCACAGGGUCGAAGACGUUGCCGAAGGACUGGUUGACUUUGUGAUGCCGCAUCAUGAUCUUCCUCGCCAGGAGCAAAUAGACUACCAUGAUCUCGAGGGGUUCACCGUCCAUCUCCCGGCUCACUUCCAUCCAUUCGACAGCCCUUGUCCGUUUGGUGCUCGGCUGAAUCGAUCAGAGAAUGGGUAUAAGCUUGCCAGAGUACUCACCGACACGGCAGCUCACCAUGCUGGCCUGAAAGAAUCUGAUGAAGUAACCCAUCUGAAUGACAUCGAACUGAAGAGCUUGGACACCGUUGAUUUACAGAAGCUGUUCAUGACUAUCGACACCACGUUCACACUGACUAUUCUGAGAAGAUAUGUUGAGGGGAAUACAGUUCAUCUGAAGAAGACUACGAUACGAGUGACCGUUGCUGAUGAAAUUGUUGUGGAAGUGGUGCGCUCGGAGAUCGUUUGGAGUCGAAAGCCGAGACAUGUUUCGACAUCGGCACUCUCUUACGUAAGCCAGGACGGGGACGGCAACUCACAGAUCUACCUCAAUAAGCAGGGAGAAAUGGUUACCAUGGGAACGUUGGUUGAUGAGCGAGCUCAAUUCUUUUUGGACUUCUAUGCGGUCAUAGGGUUUACGGAGGGCCAACGAUGUGUUAUUCGUCACGGGAGCACAAAUCAGUUAUACGACGCAGUUCAAAACUGUAUGAAGACGGUGAAGGAUAUCUUUAAUCCGGAACAGAGUUUCAUGCUCGACAAAAUAAAGAGAUCAAGCAACCACACCUUUGUCUUCGAGUCAGUAGAGCGCCCAGGACACUACUUAAUCUAUCAGGUACCUGAUGACAGGACGUCGGCCAUGUCUUCUGGGACAUUCAAGCUAUCACAAUGCAUUUCUCCGCAGACGGUCCCCUCCCAGGGCUCCUUCAAGAUCUAUGACGUCAAAGACCUUUCUACUUCAAGCUCAUCGAGAAGAGGCCUCUGAUUCUACACGAGGUUACCAUCAAAGGUCAUCGUCAGGGUCAUCAGGUCAUAAGGUCACAGGUCAUUAAAAACUACCUACGCCAUCAAUUUGCCACCCUCCACCCAGGAGUAGUACCCGGUAGGAAGCAAUUCCUUGACUGCUCCUGCGUCUGAUCAGGGUUAUGCUAAAGCCGGGGUAUGAUAAUAGUACGCAGCGCUGAGAAAACGUUGUUGGACAUCAUUAUCAUUGUUAUUACUCAGUAUGAUUGGCCUAAUAAACAACAAAUAUAGUGUUUAUUGAUGUACAUACGGGACCAUGACGGUUAUUUUACUUGGUGACAUUUUUAAUGUUAGUUCAACUGGGUGUUAUGAUAUUCCAACACCUUUUGAUUUUAUGUUUACACCCUUGUUAACGUUAUGUCAAACCUCUAUAGGGUGUGAACUUAACACUUCAGUAUUUGGUACUGUAUAAGGACACACCACUGAUUAAAGCGUAAGAGAAACAUUUCACAUUGGUUAAUUUGCUGAUUAGAAAUCUUACUCCGUCAAAAGGAUUGGAAUAAUAUUUUUUUCGCGCUAGAUUAAUCGAUUCUUAUCCUAUCUAUACAAGGCCCAAUAUUACACAUAAAAGCACAUGACCCGAAAUAAUUUCAAAUGUUCGCUUUAACUGGAAACAUUCCAUAUAAAAAAAUUAUUGUCUCGUUGCGCAAAGAAAGCACUUGUAAAUAAAACUUGUAAAUAUCACGAUGUUAUUUAUCUUGUUUCAAACCCCUUCUCUGUAUGAGAAAAUGCACUUGCCGUAGUUUCUGAGAAACACUGCGUAUUUUUUUACAUUUUUAUUUUAAAAGUGUUUAGCCAUCACUAUUCGUAAGUUAUAGUUCUGUUGCUGUAGCGACUCACGUAUCAUUAGUAUAUUUUGUAAGCUAAGCACAAGUUAAGUUGGUCCAACUGUAUUGAUCACAAUUGAUCAAAACUGUUUAAUCGUUUGCUUCAAGGAUAUUGAAGACUUUGUGUAUGAAUUUAAGUAUAUUCUUAAUGGUAAUGUAGUGAAACUUUUGCAUAAAAAGUAAUGUGCUAUUAAAACAUUCUUUGUAUUCCAGACGUAUAACCAUGAUAUUGUUGUGUUCAUCGUCAUAAUAUACUUUCUAUUCAGUAAAUCUUAUGUAAGUUUACGGACAUUAAGGUUUACACUGUUAGAGAAAAAAGGAUUUUACAGAAGCAAUAUAUGUAUUCUGGGCAAUUAUCAUACAAUAUUGAGUAAAUUUGAUACCCAAUUAUUAGUUUUUAUUACCCAAUUUGGGCAGAUUUUAACCAAUAGUUGUGUGGACAGUAUGUUGCCCAGGGAUGGUUAAAAGUUUGUCAUUUUUUGCCCAACUAUUUUAAGAGUGUAUUAUGUUAUCUUGCUUGUCUGAUUGUAGUGAUAACACAAAUGUUUAUCGACGUUUCGACCAGUAUACUCUGGUCGUCAUCAGGAUGAGGAUAAACUAGAUUGUCAAGUAAAUCUUUAUAAUAGAUUUAUAUACUUUUUUAAAUUAUAUCUUCAACCGACGAAAUAAUGUAACUGAUGUGAAUCAUGAUAACUUAUACAAAGCCUGUGAAUAAAUAUGUGGUUAAGUUGA